AUGCCUGGCUUGUUGCGCAAGUUGGUCAUUUUCGCGGCUGUGGACGGUCUCGUUCUGCAGUCCCAUGGGAAUGGAGGACGUAACAAUGGCAGUUACGAGCCGCAGUCUGUCCGGAUUGACUACAAGACGAACAAGAUCUCGUCUCUGUCGGCGCCGGCAUCGGAUCCCGCUGUGAGGAAAGAUGCCGGACUGGAGGCUUAUGGUCUAGUCGGACUUUUAUCCGUUGCAUCAUACUCGUUUCUCAUCUCGAUAACUCAACGCCAGCAAGUGGCGCAGAUUCAAGGCAAACCGAUCUACUCCAUCACCAAUGUUGCAAUUAUUCCACUCUCAUCGCAGGCAGAUGCCAGUCGGGCAAUCUCUCAGGCAAAGGAAUCCCUUCUCCAGGGAGAGGCCGGUCCAGGCGAGACCGCCUCAGAAGGCAGCAUCUCUGACAACGAGACAGAUGGAGAACCCGACAUCAACAGUGUGCCAUCAUCUCCAACACAGGAGGAUUCUUUCCCCCGAGACCGCAGAGGAAGUAUAGCCGAAGAUGUGAUCGGGAAGCGCGUCCGGUUCGGGCGAUUCGCUGCGAGCUGGCUUUCGAGAAAGACACUGGGACUCCCAGGGCUUAGCAACGUCGGCCAGGAUACGACGGAGAGACUUCUCGGGAAUGACAAGGACUUGGGAACCGGACUGCAGCCUCCAAUCGCGAAAGUGGAAAAGUCAACUGCGGUCUCCGAUGCACCAGGCGCUGGCGCAGACUCGCCGUUGGAAAGCGGAAAGGAACCUUCUGAUCCAACGGUCGAACUGCUGCCGAAGUUCCUACKGUACACCAGACUUAUAUAUUCUUCCCAGAACUUCUUCUUUGCCUACGAUUACGAUUUAACGAGGUCUUUCGGCGCUCAGGAAGCGCGCAACGAUCAUCUACCUAUGCACAAAGUAGUUGAUGAGUUGUAUUUCUGGAACAGAAACUUGAUGACUCCUUUCAUCAAAGCCGACGCGCACAGUCUCAUCUUGCCUCUCGUGCAGGGUUUCGUCGGCCAGCGAGAGUUCACUGUGUCAGCUAAGACAGAACAGCCGGAUUCCAACGUCGCAGUUGAACACAUAGAAGGUCGAAUGCUCGGCGCGAAAGAUGAGGCACAGAGUGUCAAGGUUGACGCCGAAAAGCGGAAUUUCCUAUUGACUCUGAUUUCGCGACGGUCGGUCAAGCGACCGGGGCUCCGAUAUCUUCGACGCGGCGUUGAUGACGAAGGAAACACGGCAAACACCGUUGAAACGGAGCAGAUCCUUUCUGUUCCUGAUUGGGAUCCCAGCCACAAUGUCUAUUCUUACCUUCAAGUGCGCGGAUCGAUCCCUCUCUAUUUCUCUCAAUCGCCAUAUGCUUUCAAACCGGUUCCGGUGCUUCACCACUCGACGGAGACAAAUCAGCUUGCUUUUGACAGGCAUUUUCGAAAUCUCGCUCGCAGGUAUGGAAAACUCCAAGCGGUGUCUCUCAUCGACAAGCAAGCCGGUGAAUUGAAGCUUGGUAAUGAAUACGAGAAAUAUGCUCGGGUGCUAAAUGAAUCUGGCGGCAUUGACGGUGUACCCCUCGGAAUGGAGUGGUUUGAUUUCCACAACGAAUGCCGCGGGAUGAAGUUCGAGAACGUGAGCCGACUUGUGAAACGUUUGGAGUCAGUUCUAAACGAGUACGGCGAUACAAUUGUACGCAAUGGUACGGUCACCCAAAGCCAGACGGGAAUUGUACGCACCAACUGCAUGGACUGUUUGGAUCGUACCGGUGUUGCGCAAUGUGCCUUUGGCCAGUGGGCCUUGGAACGCGAACUGAAGCUUGAGGGCAUUGACAUCGAUUUGAGCCGCGACUCGUCUACCCAGUGGUUCAAUACCCUUUGGGCAGAUAAUGGAGAUGCGAUCUCGAAGCAGUACUCCUCCACGGCCGCUUUGAAGGGAGACUACACACGAACCCGCAAGCGGGACUACCGAGGCGCACUGAACGACCUCGGAUUGACGCUGUCUAGAUACUACAACAAUAUUGUCAACGAUUACUUCUCACAAGCAUGCAUUGAUUAUCUUCUGGGAAAUGUAUCGACUCGUAUAUUCGCAGAAUUUGCCAUGGAGAUGCGUACUGCCGAUCCAGGGGUCUCCGUGCAGAAACUACGCCGGAGCGCAAUCGAUACGAGCUGCAAGAUCGUGAUCAGCGACCAGUCGGAAGAGUUCCUGGGAGGCUGGACUAUGCUCACACCUCGGCAGCCCAACACCCUACGGACCUUACCAUUCGAGGAAGCGGUCCUGCUCCUGACUGACGCGGCCGUCUACAGCUGCCGCUUUGACUGGAAUACUGACAAGGUGACCUCAUUCGAGCGCAUCGAUUUACGCUCGAUAUCGCGUCUGAAUUACGGCACAUAUAUUACAUCGAUCUUGACCGAAUCACAAGCGAAUGAACAAGGUAAUGUUGGGCUAGUCAUCGAGUACCGCGAAGGCGGCGAGAACGCCUGGCGCGUCAACACUCGCUCUCUGAAGAGCGAUGUCGACACCAAGGCCCAGAACAGCAAUGCGCAAGCCAGCGGUGAACGGAGCUUAUAUUCUUGGUUUCGAGGUGGCACUCAGUCGACCACGCGAUUCAUUGCCUUCAAAGCACUUCCUCAGUCCGACUCCGUCGCACAAAACAAUGCCGCAGGCAGCGGCACUGUGAGCGAAACCGACUGGGUGCGGUCUAUCUGCGAAGAGAUCGAGCGCGCGAUGAUGGCCGGCGAACGACCGCGUUCCGGUGAAGAAGGAAAGCCUCCGUCUGUGAUUGAGAACUCGGAAAUCAUCUCGUUGGAAGACGCCAAGAAACGUACAGGGAUUUUGGAGCAUCUGGUGUAUGAUAUCAAGAAGUUGGUCUGGGCGUAA